UUUUUCUUCUUUCUCAUCUUCCCUUCCUCUACUUCGCCCUCACCCCCUUCCACUGCCACUUCCUUUUGUCUUCUUCUUCUGUCUUCAAGUAAAUUAUUAAUUUUAAUACAACAAGCUAGCUAGUCCAUUCAGACUCUUGGGCAUCAUCAACAGUUGUUAUGAUGGAGUCAAUGGAGUCUUGUGUCCCACCUGGAUUCAGGUUCCAUCCAACCGAUGAAGAGCUUGUUGGCUAUUAUCUAAGGAAGAAAGUUGCAUCACAAAAGAUUGAUCUUGAUGUUAUUAGAGAUAUUGAUCUUUACAGAAUUGAACCAUGGGAUCUACAAGAGAGAUGCUGGAUCGGAUAUGAAGAGCAGAAUGAGUGGUACUUCUUCAGCCACAAGGAUAAGAAGUAUCCAACAGGGACAAGGACUAAUAGAGCAACCAUGGCUGGCUUUUGGAAGGCUACCGGGAGAGACAAGGCAGUGUAUGACAAAACAAAACUCAUUGGCAUGAGGAAAACCCUUGUCUUCUACAAAGGAAGAGCUCCAAAUGGACAGAAAACUCACUGGAUCAUGCAUGAAUACCGGCUUGAAUCAGAUGAGAAUGGUCCUCCACAGGAAGAAGGAUGGGUAGUUUGUCGUGCAUUUAAGAAGCGAACUACUGGGCAAACCAAGAGCAUUGAAGGGUGGGACUCAAGCUACUUCUAUGAGGAAUCAAGUGGGGUUAGCUCUGUGGUGGAUCCUAUUGAUUAUAUAGCAAGGCAACCUCAAGGCUUUUUGGCUCAUAAUUUCUUGUGUAAGCAGGAGAUAGAAGGAGAUAACUUAAGUUGCAUGCACUCAGAAAAUUUUGUACAGCUUCCUCAGUUAAAGAGCCCAUCUGAGACAUUAAUAAAGAGGCCAACCUCGUCAAGGUCUUUGAUAUCAGAGAAUAAUAACAGUAACAAUGAAGAGGUAGAGCAAAAUGGAUUGUCCAACAACAACACCCAGAAAGUAACUGACUGGAGAGCCCUUGACAAGUUUGUUGCUUCUCAGUUGAGUCAAGAAGAAAGAUAUGAUGGUGAUGGUGUUUCAAGCUUUGUUGGGGCAGAAAAUAACUCAGAUAUGCCAUUUCUGUUGUUGCAAAGUGGUAGAGAUGACGGGAACAAGUUUAAUGGAUUCUUAAGUUCAAGUUCUGACUGUGAUAUUGGAAUAUGCAUAUUUGAAAAAUGAAGAGAGGGGUUUGAAGAGGUUUUUUCUCUCUGGUAGUACGUAUGUAUUAUUAAUGUUUUAUGAACCCAGAUGAUAUAUAUUUGUAAGAAUAUAUGUGGUUUUAAUGAUUGAAAAUUAAAUUAA